AAAUAACAUUGACAUGUUUGGAUAUUUUAUAAAUGUUUUGGAUUUUUUAAAAUCUCUCUUACUUCCGGAAACAAAGUGUUCUGAGCGGGAAUUUUCAGAUUUUACAGGGUCAUUUCCUAGUUACAGCCGUUGCUAGGCUCAUUCAUUAUUCUUAAAAAUGGCUGAGUGUUUUGAGAGAGGCCCUCUCAGCUUCCUUUGCUGGGAGGAUGCGUUCCCCCAGCAAGCCUGGGAACGAAGAAGAAAAAUGAAUCUCCAGAAAACAGCUGAAUCCAAGCCACCAACCCUUCCUCCUCCUUCUGAGCCGGUGACUAGCAACAUCAGGCGAGCAAGCAACCUGGUUGCACAACAAUCACCCCAAUCGCCGGAGUUUGGACGAGGUUGCAGUGCUUUCAAAAGAUACAGCCCCUCGCUUAGUACUGUCAGCAGUGAGGGUAGCUACUCAAAUGUCAGUGGAUCCAACACCUCAAGACGGUCACCACGAAGUGUGACAGGGAAGUCCAGUGAAGGCUCCUUAAAUGGCAGUGGAUCCAACACCCCUAGAUCGUCACCACGAAGUGUGACAGGGAAGAGCAGUGAAGGCUCCUUAAAUGGCAGUGGAUCCAACACCUCAAGACGGUCACCACGAAGUGUGACAGGGAAGAGCAGUGAAGGCUCCUUAAAUGGCAGUGGAUCCAACACCCCUAGAUCGUCACCAAGAAGUGUGACAGGGAAGAGCAAUGUCUGCCCCAUAAAUGGCACUGGUAAGUUAUAUAAUCCUUGUUAUUACAGAUGCCUUUAUUAUAUAAUCCGUGUAAUCACUGGAUAUUUAUAAUAUAUUAUUCUUUUAAUCACUGGUUUAUU